AUGAAUAGCGAUCAUGAGGCCAAAAGCCGACCCACUUCCAGCAUAGAGAAGAGGGAAGAGGAGGUUCAUCAGCUAGCCAGGCAGUUCACCGAGCAGAGCACCUUUUCUGCUGUCGGAGAAAACCCCUUUGCUGCGGGUGCAGGAUCGGCCCUGGACCCCAAUAGUGAAUCCUUCAAUGCUCGGGCAUGGUGCAAGGCCAUGCUGCAGAUGCACACCGAGGACAAAGAGGCACAUCCGCUGCGAACCCUGGGAGUCGCCUUCAGCAACCUCAACGUACACGGGUUCGGCUCCGACACCGAUUACCAGAAGAGUGUCGGCAAUGUUUGGUUGGAGGCGCUUGGUCUGGCAAGGAAGGCUCUCGGUCAUCAGCAGCGCAAAAUCCAGAUUUUACAGAACCUGGAAGGCUUCGUGGAGGCCGGAGAGAUGCUGGUGGUUCUCGGGCCCCCUGGGUCGGGAUGCUCGACGUUUUUGAAGACUAUAGCUGGAGAGACGUAUGGCUUUCAUGUUGAAAAGAGCUCUAGCAUCAAUUUUCAAGGCGUGAACGCGAAACAAAUGGCGCAUGAGUUCCGAGGAGAGGCCAUUUAUGCCGCCGAGGUCGAUGUCCACUUCCCCAACCUCACUGUCGGAGAUACCCUUUUCUUUGCCGCUCGCGCCCGAGCUCCACGGCACAUUCCUGGGGGGGUGGAUGUGGCCCAGUAUGCCAGCCACAUGCGAGACGUGAUCAUGGCCAUGUUUGGAAUCAGCCAUACCAAGAACACGAUCGUGGGAAACGACUUCAUCCGUGGGGUGUCUGGGGGAGAGCGCAAGCGGGUCAGUAUCGCCGAAGCGUGCCUCAGCAGUGCGCCGCUGCAGUGUUGGGACAACUCCACGCGCGGUCUUGAUAGUGCCAAUGCCAUCGAGUUCUGCAAGACCUUGCGCAUGCAGGCGGGUAUUAAUAACGCCACAGCCUGUGUCUCUCUUUAUCAAGCUCCUCAGGCUGCCUACGACUACUUCGAUAAGGUGCUGGUUUUAUACCAAGGUCGCGAGAUCUACUUCGGUCCCACAAAAAGCGCAAAGCAGUACUUCGUCGAUAUGGGAUUUGUCUGCCCCGAGAGACAGACGGAUGCGGAUUUUCUUACCUCUAUGACCAGCCAUCUCGAGCGUGUUGUACAGUCAGGCUACGAAGACCGCGUGCCCCGGACACCCGAUGAAUUCGCUGCACAAUGGAAGGCCUCGCCACAGCGAGCCCAGCUUCUGCGGGACAUCGAACAGUAUAAUGCCAAGUUCGCACUGGGUGGAGAGUUCUUGAGCAAGUUCAAACAGUCCCGUCGAGCCCAGCAAGCCAAGGUCCAGCAUGUAUCCUCACCAUAUACUCUGUCCUAUGGACAGCAGGUGAGCCUGUGCCUGUGGCGCGGGUAUCAACGAUUAAAGGCGGAUCCCAGUGUCACGAUUUCUUCGUUGGUUGGGAAUACCAUCGUAGCCCUGAUUAUCGCCAGCAUCUUCUACAACCUUGAGAGCGACACGAGCACCUUCUUCCAGCGCGGUGCUCUUCUCUUCUUCGCUGUCCUCAUCAAUGCCCUUGGCUGUGGCUUGGAAAUGCUGACUCUGUACGCGCAACGAGGAAUCGUAGAGAAGCACUCCCGAUAUGCCCUUUACCACCCAUCUGCUGAAGCGCUUUCGUCGAUGAUCAUGGACUUACCCUACAAAAUCCUCAACGCUCUUAUAUCCAACUCCGUUCUCUAUUUCAUGACCAACCUGAGGCGAGAACCUGGCGCUUUCUUCUUCUUUAUCUUCACCUCAUUUAUGCUGACUCUGACGAUGUCCAUGUUCUUCCGGUCUAUGGCAUCGUUAACGAGAUCUCUUGUUCAAGCCCUACCCUUCUGCGCUGUCGUGCUUCUCGGUUUCUAUAUGUAUACUGGGUUUGUUAUCCCGACAGGGUAUAUGCUUGGGUGGGCUCGCUGGAUUGCCUACAUUAACCCGAUACAGUAUGGGUUUGAAUCUCUCCUGGUGAAUGAGUUCCAUAAUCGCGACUUCCCGUGCACAAACUAUGUCCCAUCGGGUCCUAGCUACGCGGAUCUUAGCUCCAGCAACCGUGUGUGCUCCACCGUCGGAUCAAUACCCGGACAACCCUCUGUGAAUGGCGACGCCUACAUCCAGUCAGCAUAUGGCUAUUACGCGUCACACAAGUGGAGGAAUAUCGGGGUCAUAUUUGCCUUCAUGUUCCUGCUCGGGACCGUCUAUCUAGUUGCUACUGACUUCAUCACCGAGAAGAAGUCAAAGGGCGAGAUCCUGGUGUUUCCUCGCGGACAUAAGGCUCUGAAGAGCGGCAAGUCUGACGAUGAUCUUGAACGGGGCAGUGGCCGCAGCGUCACGGUGGAGAAGUCUGACCCAGACGAUCUUGCCAUGAUCGAGCGCCAGACCGCGAUCUUCCAGUGGAAGGAUGUCUGUUUCGAUAUCAAGAUCGGAAAGGAGAACCGCAGGAUCCUUGAUCACGUUGACGGAUGGGUCAAGCCAGGGACCUUGACCGCUCUUAUGGGUGUCUCUGGUGCCGGAAAGACCACACUGUUGGAUGUUCUAGCCACACGCACCACCCUAGGUGUCAUCAGUGGCGAAAUGCUUGUCGAUGGCAACCCGCGGGAUGACUCCUUCCAACGCAAGACCGGCUACGCUCAGCAACAAGAUCUGCAUCUCAGCACUGCUACAGUGCGCGAGGCGCUGGAAUUCUCGGCCCUUCUACGUCAGCCUGCUCAUGUUCCGCGCCAGCAAAAGAUUAGCUACGUGACGGAAGUAAUCAAGCUUCUCGAUAUGACCGACUAUGCGGACGCUGUCAUCGGUCUCCCUGGCGAAGGCCUCAAUGUUGAGCAGCGUAAACGUCUCACAAUCGGGGUCGAACUCGCGGCCAAGCCGGCUUUGCUCCUUUUCUUGGACGAGCCGACCUCAGGGCUUGAUUCUCAGACGUCCUGGGCCAUUCUUGAUCUGCUCAACAAACUGAAGAAGAACGGCCAGGCUAUUUUGUGUACCAUCCAUCAACCAUCAGCCAUGCUGUUCCAGCGCUUUGACUCUCUCCUCUUUCUUCAAGCCGGUGGUCGCACUGUCUACUUUGGAGAAGUCGGCCAGAACUCACAGAUCCUGAUCGACUAUUUCGUGCGUAACGGGGGCCCUCCGUGUCCUCCAGCAGCUAAUCCGGCUGAAUGGAUGCUUGACGUGAUCGGGGCCGCGCCUGGAUCGCAUACUGACAUCAACUGGUUCGAGACAUGGCGCAACUCGGCUGAAUACGCACGAGUCCAAGAGCAUCUCACCGAACUGAAACAUGAGCGCUCCCAGCAAGCCAAACUAACCCGCACCACAUCCGGCCAGACGCGCGAAGACAAAGCCAGCUACCGCGAAUUCGCAGCUCCUUUCUGGGCGCAGCUCUGCGAAGCGCAAGUCCGAAUCUUCCAGCAAAUCUGGCGCUCACCCACCUACAUCUACUCCAAGACCAUCCUCUGUGUCUUCUCCGCUCUCUUCAUCGGCUUCUCUCUCUUCCACACCCCGAACACAAUCCAAGGCCUUCAGAACCAAAUGUUCGGCAUCUUCAUGCUCCUCAUGCUCUUCGGCCAACUAAUCCAGCAGAUCAUGCCGCAUUUUGUCGCCCAGCGCGCGCUAUACGAGGUCCGCGAGCGGUCCUCCAAAACCUAUUCCUGGAAAGUCUUCAUAAUCACCAAUAUAAUCGUCGAACUCCCCUGGAACUCUCUCAUGUCCGUCUUCAUGUUCCUGUGCUGGUACUACCCAAUCGGCCUAUACCACAACGCCGAGCCAACGGGCGCGGUGCAGCUGCGGGGAACGCAAAUGUGGCUGAUGAUAUGGACGUUCCUUCUCUUCGCGUCGACAUUUGCCCAUUUCAUGAUCGCGGCGUUCGACGCCGCCGAGAACGCCGGAAACCUCGGCAGCUUUCUCCUCCUGCUUUGCCUUCUUUUCUGCGGUGUGCUGGCGACCCCGGCCCAGCUCCCGGGGUUCUGGAUCUUCAUGUACCGCGUUUCGCCGUUCACGUACCUGGUCAGCGGCAUGUUGUCGGUGGGCAUAGCAAAUACGAAGGUCACCUGCGCGGACAACGAGUAUCUGCACUUCGAUCCGGUCAACGGGACGUGCGGCGAGUACAUGCAGCCGUACAUAUCCAGUGCGGGCGGGUAUCUUGAAGACAGCGCGGCGACGUCUGGCUGCAGCUUCUGUCCUAUCGCGGAGACGAAUGCGUUCCUGCGCAGUGUUUCAUCGAGCUACUCGGACAUCUGGAGGAACUUUGGCCUCAUGUGGGUUUUUAUUCUGUUCAAUAUCUUGGCCGCGUGUUUGCUGUACUGGUGGGUGAGGGUUCCGAGGGUCAAGAAGCCUGUUUCGAAGAUCGAGUGA